AUCUAACGGAUGUGGCGAGAACUACAGGAGGCGCACGCGCACCACAGAUGCUUUGUCGUCUUAGAACGUCGUUCCAUCAUCUAGUUUGUUUCACAGCGCCAUCUAUUUUAUUGCAUUAGUUUGUAUAAUCAUUAUUGUAAUUCACUUGCCUUUGUGACACCAGCAAAUAAACAUUUAAAAAUUAACGAAUAAAUCAAUCAUUCUGAGUACAAGCCGUAAACCUUACUAUAGGCAGGCAGGACAUACUAUCGCUGGAGCAGGAGACCAGGAGCGAGGAGUCUGGAACGAGCCUACCACGGGACCAGGAUUAAGUACCUGUUCCCAACAUUUGGUCCUUCGAGCCGGAUGCAGAUACUCGAGGACCACGAGAAACGGUCAGGCUUUCUUUCCUUACCAGCCUCCUUCCUCUCCUACAGUGAUAAAUCGUGCGCUUAUCUCAAUUCCAGUGAAAUCGCGACACGCGGCAUCGGCGGCAAUAUCGGCAGUUUCGUGACCGCACCGCGUGGCAUCUUCACCAAUCCUCAUAGCGGGGGUUUAUGGGAAUCAGGAGUCAAAUCGUGUAAGCAUCACCUUCGUAGAAUAACCGGUGAUUCUAAGUUGACCUUCGAAGAAUUUACGACAGUAUUGUCAUUAAUAGAAGCAGUAUUAAAUAGUCGUCCACUAUCUCCACUGUCCGCUGAUCCUAAUGACCUUCUCCCCCUUACCCCAGCCCAUUUCCUCAUAGGAAGGCCUCUGACCGCACCUGCCAGCGCUGACCUGACGGGCGCUGCCCCUCACCGCCUGCUACGCUACGACCGAGUCGAGCAGAUGCGACAGCAUUUCUGGAGACGCUGGAGCAAGGAGUACGUCUCAGAGCUUCAGAUCCGCAGCAAAUGGAAGACGAGGGAACAGGACCUGCAGACCGACAUGAUGGUACUGAUCAAGGAGGACAAUACCCCUCCCCUGAGAUGGCGGCUGGGGCGAAUAGUGCGGACCUACCCAGGCAAGGACGGCGUCUCUCGCGUAGCCGACAUACGGACGGCGCGCGGGAUCAUUCAGAGGACGUUCGCCAAGAUCUGUCCACUUCCGAUGCAAGCUGAUGAAGACACCAGCGGUGGCGCAGACUCGACGACCUCAACCGUGACUCCGAGAUACGGCUGACUGAUAGAAAGCUGAUGCUUCCAAGGCCGGCGGGAUGUUCACGCUUUCACGCCAUCUAACGGAUGUGGCGAGAACUACAGGAGGCGCACGCGCACCACAGAUGCUUUGUCGUCUUAGAACGUCGUUCCAUCAUCUAGUUUGUUUCACAGCGCCAUCUAUUUUAUUGCAUUAGUUUGUAUAAUCAUUAUUGUAAUUCACUUGCCUUUGUGACACCAGCAAAUAAACAUUUAAAAAUUAACGAAUAAA